AUGUUUCAGGUGGUGUACGACAACGGAGACGUUGAGGUGGUUAGUGUGAGCGAGUUGCGCAAUUGUGUAGCCCCUACACGCCCCUCUGCCAAGAAAGCGAUGGCGGGAAUCUCUGAGGCCAAGGAGCAUCCGUGCUCGGGCCCGUUCGAGCUUCACACGACUAAGGGGGUCAGCCAAGCUUUGGCCCGUGUGAUGCCAGGAGAGCACAAUCCCAGCAAAGUGAAGGCAUUGGUGACCGCCGGAAGUAAAGGCAUCAUGAGGAAGGAUCCUGUGAGGGCUGAGGAUGUUAGCGUUCUAACGCAAGCCGUCGCAGUUGGUUGUGUGGGAUCAGUGUUUAUCCCUUGGAAGUGGGAUGAGAAGGCAAUGCAGCAGUUGCAGGAGGGUGCCUGCACCGUUCGGUAUAUGCCCGAUAAGGCAACCCUCUAUGCGGCCCAGCCGCAGAGUUUUGCAAAGGCUCGCUCUGAUGGAGUCGCCAUGCCAAUCAUAGGUUUGGAUAUCUCCGAAGAGGUGAUGGAUGUGGUGCUGCCGGUGGCAUGUCAGCAUGCUGAGGUAGCUGUCAUCGCUGCUGUGCCGCGCACUUAUAUUACCCAGGCGGAUCCAGCACGUUUGGAUUGGCUCCGUGCUGUGCAACGGGAGGGCCGUCUGAGUAUUUUGGAAGUAGGAACUAAGUUUUGGUUGGUUGUGUUCAGCAAUGCUUUGUGGAAGCGCGCCCUGGUUAAGGACACAACGCGCGCCAUUCAGUUACUUUAG